AUGUCCGAUUCAGAGACAUAUGAGGCCGCGCUGGCCGCCCUGAGUGGUCUGAUCAGCGGAAAGUCGCGCGGAAAGGCCGACAUGCCGUGGGAGAGCUACUUCGCGCAAAUGCACGAGUUCGUCGCGGCCGCGGGGCUCACCGAGAAGCUCAAGGACAUCGCCCCGCGCGUCGUCCACGUCGCCGGAACGAAGGGCAAGGGGUCCACGUGCGCGAUGAUCGAGAGCAUCCUGCGGCAGUGCAACUAUGACACUGGCAUGUUCACAUCCCCCCACCUGCUCGACGUCAGGGAGCGGAUACGCCUCCAAGGCGAACCAGUCGACCGCGAGACCUUCCUGCGCCACUUCUGGCCCCUCUACCGCAGGCUCCAGGGCGGCGCGGCGGAUGGCUCGUCCGGCAUGCCGGCGUACUUCCGUUUCCUCACGCUCCUCGCCCUGGACAUCUUUUGCACCACGCGCGAACAGACAGAGGUCAUCGUGCUCGAGGUGGGGCUCGGGGGCCGCCUGGACGCCACCAACAUCAUCCCGCCGCCCGCGGUGUGCGGCGUGACGCGCCUCGACCUGGACCACGUCGAGCUGCUCGGCCCCACCAUCGAAGACAUCGCCCGGGAGAAAGCGGGCAUAUUUAAGCGCGGCACCCCGGCGUUCACGGGCCCGCAGCGGCCCGAGGCGCUCGCGGUGCUCGAGCGCGAGGCCGAGCGCGCCGGCACGCACCUCCUGCGCGCGCGCCCGCUCGACGCCUUCCGCUGCUACGACGGGCGCAGAGGCACGGAUCUGUCCAUCUUCGCCGGCGCGGGCUACAUGCAGGAGAACGCCGCGCUCGCGGUGGCGAUGGCGUCCGCGUUCGAGGACUCGGGCCCCGAGGCGCGGCGGUGCUUCGCGGCGCGGGAGCGGCUCGAGCUGCUGGCGCAGGGGGUGUUGCCGGAGGAGUAUUGCAGGGGGCUGGAGGCGGCGACGUGGCCCGGGCGCGCGCAGGUGGUGGAGGACGUGGGCGGGCGGGACGGCGCGGGCGUGGACGGCGCGGGCCUGACGUUCUUCUUGGACGGCGCGCACACGCCGGACAGCAUGCGCGCGUGCGGGACGUGGUUCGCCGCCGCGGCGGCGGCGCGCGCGGCGCCCGGCGGCGGCGACACGGAGCGCGUCCUGGUGUUCAACUGCACGCCGGAGCGCGACCCCGCGGCGCUGCUCGCCGGCCUGCGCGCCGGCCUGCCCGGUGCCGGAGCGGGGUUCUUCCGACGAGCACUGUUCAUACCGCCCGACUCAGACGUCCGCAAAGUCGGCGUCGCGAACGAAGAGCCCGGCAUGGUCCGGGACCUCUCGUGGCAGGCGCACGCGCUGUCAGCGUGGCGGAAGCUCGCGGCAUCGGAUGCAGCCCCCGCCGCGCCGCAACGGCCGGCCCCGCCGCUCCCGGCGGCCGCGGAGUCCGGCGAGCACCUGUGGGCGACGCGCGGCGCGGUGGUCGCGUCGCUCGGCGCCGGCGUGGAGUGGCUGCGCAGCCACACGCGGUCGCGCCCCGCGGGCUCACGUCUGCAGGUGCUCGUGACGGGGUCCCUGUACCUCGUCGGCGACACGCUGCGGUACCUCCCGCGACGGUGA